AUGAGUCUCAUGAUCAUUAAGCGCGGCAUUCUUGAGGUCUUUAGGGGUACUAUCUCGAAAGAGAUAAAAAGUGCCAAAGAUUUCCUUGCUGAAAUUGAAAAGUGCUUUGCAAAAAGAGAUAAGGCGAAAACAAGUACUCUUCUUCAGAACUUGAUUUCCAUGAAAUAUCAGGGCAAAGGAAAUAUAAGGGAAUACAUUAUGGGCAUGUCAAAUAUUGCUUCAAAACUUAAGGCACUAAAUCUUGAGAUGUCGAAUGACUUGCUCAUUCAUUUAGUAUUGUUUUCUCUUGCUGCACAGUUCAGUCAGUUUAAGAUAACUUAUAACUGUCAAAAGGAGAAGUGGUCUCUUAACGAGCUCAUUUCAUUUUGUGUGCAAAAAGAGGAAAGGUUGAAGCAAGAAAAUAAAUAA